AUGUCUACGUCUCAACCUCCUGCCAUCAAAUCAACAUCAGCAUCCUCUCUCAACGAUCUACAAUCCCGAUUGGCAAAACUCCAACAAAACAUUUCCCAAAAAUUAAGUAAAACAAGCGCAGCCAUCCCUACACCUGCCAGCUCGUUAGAUCAUGGCACUCCACAACAAACACCGGUUUCGUCCUCAUCGCUGACAUUACCAAGCCAAGCGAAAAUUCAAAAGCCUUCAACCAUCUCCUCCACAGGAGAACCCGUGAAAUCAACCUUGCCAAAAAUUCAAAAGCCUCAUUCAAUGCAAAGCGGAGGGUUAAGCACUACUGCCCAACAUGUAGCCACACAAGUUGUAAAACAAGCAUCUUCAGUAAUUGGAGGAGGUUCACCACCUCCGAAAAUUGGGCAAACAAAAUCAUCCACAAAAAUUAUCAACAAACCAGCUACAGUAAGCUCCACCGUGAUAUCAGCAGGCCCACAAACAAAUGUCAAUAGCAAUACAUCAAACGAACCUACAUUGGAACAACAAAUUUACCUACAAGAUUACCAAAAGCAAAAGCAAACGUCACAAUUACAACAGGAAUAUCAACAACAACUAAAAGAUUAUGAGCAAUCACAAUUGCAACAAAACGAGCAAGCAAAUAAGAAAAAGAAGAAAAAGUUACGGACUGUGUAUACUGCUAGUGGAAAGUCUGACGUUUGGGAAGAUCCGAACUUGGAAGAAUUUGAGGAAAAUGACUUCAGGAUUUACGCUAAUAAUUUGGGUAAUGAAGUGACAGAUCAAAUGUUAGAAAAAUUCUUUUCACACUACCCUAGUUUUUCAAAGGCAAUGGUAAUAAGGGAUAAAAGAACAAACCGAACCAAGGGUUAUGGAUUUAUCAGCUUUUUAGACUGUAACGAUUAUGUGCAUGCUUUAGAAAAUUUGAAUGGAAAAUAUUUAGGAAACCGACCAUUAGUUUUGAAACCAUCUAAAUGGAAAGAUAGAGCCCUAAAAUAA